UAUCAUUUAAUGUAAUCAAAAACAAAAAAAUUAUAUGUAAUCAACCACCACGAAAUCCCAUAACAUCAUCCACUUCAAAUUUGUGUGGACGUGGCCUAAACUUUUACUUAUAUAUAAUCAACCCACACAAGUAUUCUCAUUAUAACAUCAUCCACUUUAAUCUGAGGGGAAUGGCUGGAGAAGAGCAAAGACGUAGAUGGAGCCUUCAAGGCAAGACCGCACUUGUCACCGGUGGAACCAAAGGCAUUGGGCAUGCUAUAGUAGAGGAACUUGCAGGAUUUGGGGUGAUAAUACAUACAUGUGCUCGAGACGAAGCACAUCUCAACGAGUGUUUAAGCAAGUGGAAGAAUAAAGGGUUUCAAGUCACUGGUUCAGUCUGUGACGUAUCGUCCUGGACCGAAAGAGAGAAGCUAAUGCAAACUGUGUACUCUUUGUUUGAUGCCAAGCUCAGUAUCCUUAUCAACAAUGCUGGCGCAAUCCGGUCAAAGCCAACAAUAGAGCAUACGGCUGAGGAUUUCUCGUUCCACAUUUCGACCAACUUGGAAUCUGCGUAUCAUUUUAGCCAGCUUGCACAUCCUCUGCUCAAAGCUUCAGGAUGUGGUAACAUCGUGUUCAUAUCCUCCAUUUCUGGGGUCGUCUCACUUAGCAUCAGCUCCAUCUACAGUGCCACAAAAGGGGCAAUGAAUCAGCUAGCAAGGAAUUUGGCAUGCGAGUGGGCGAGCGACAGCAUAAGAGCUAAUUCUGUAGCUCCUACAUUCAUUGCCACUCCACUGGUUGAUAAUGCGUUUGAUGAUGAAUUUAAAAAAGUGGUAGAAUCAACAAAUCCCUUGGGGCGCAUAGGAAAACCAGAGGAGGUAGCAUCGGUGGUGGCAUUUCUUUGUAUGCCUGCAGCUUCUUACAUAACGGGUCAGACCAUUUGCGUUGAUGGAGGUCUCUCGGUCAAUGGCUUCUCGUAUCAGCCACACGCUUAAUCCCAACCACCAAAACAAAUAAAAUUGAAGUUCAGUAAUAAGUUUGAGUGUUCAGACUUUGUAUCCUUCAUAUGAUUAUGUUUUUCAUUAUUCCCUCUGUUUCAAAUAAGUUGAUGUUUUUUAAAAUAAAUAAAAUUAGUUGAUGUUUUAAGGUU